UUAACCAUGCUGUCAAAGAGUCCUAAAUCAUUAUUUGUGGGUUUAUCCAUUGCCUUUGGCUUGUCCACCUUAGGUUUGAUCGUGUUCUUGAUAGUGCGUGAAGUGUCUAUCUCCGAAUGGCUCUCUGCAGAAAAGUUGACCCUCUAUCAAUCCAAUCACGAUGAUAGGCCCUUGCAUUGGCACAAGAGCCAUUACCGAUUUGAGAAUCCUGACCAUCCCCUCGGAAUCUAUUCGAAUGCGGCUAUUGGGAUUGACGCUCCUUUAUGUGCGGGAAUUGCCAAGGAUGUCUUGAAGCGCAACGGAACCGCCGUGGAUGCGGCCAUUGCCGCUCUUUUUUGCGACGGCGUCGUCCACCCGGCCAGUAUGGGAUUGGGUGGAGGUUUCAUCAUGACCAUCUUCAUCAAGAGCGAGAACAAAGUCUACAGCCUUAUGGCUAGAGAAACCGCGCCUCAAAACGCAUUCGAAACCAUGUUCGUCAACGAUAGCUAUGCAGCGCGGAAAGGGGCCUUGGCCGUGGCAGUGCCUGGCGAACUACUCGGCUAUGAGGAAGCUAAGAAGCGAUUUGGUAAUCCUGAUAUCACGUGGGCUUCAUUGAUUGAGCCGAGUAUUCAGCUCUGUGAGCAAGGGGUCCCACUCUCCGAGACAUUGAGCCACUAUUUUAAAAAGGACUAUGUCCAAGAUUAUCUGCGAUCAAAUGAAGCAUUACGUUAUCAAGCGGGCGAGAAGUACCGGAGACCCUUACUGGGCUCAAGUUUAAGGAAAUUCGCUGAGAAAGGCGCCAAAGAGUUGUAUGGUGGAGACACUGGACGAAAACUAGUCGGCGAUCUCAAGAAAUUGGGAGGCAUCUUGGAAUUGGAUGAUUUGAUUAACUACAAGGUCAAAUGGGAGGAGCCGACGAAAAUCCAUCUGGAGCGGGGGAACCUGUCAGUGUUUUCCAGUCCUCCUCCAGCUUCCGGUGCCAUCUUAAUGGGCAUCCUGGGCACUCUUGACCACUUGAACAUGACGCAAGAGGAAGCAUCAUCCGUAAAAUCCUACCAAAAGUUUGUGGAAACGCUCAAGUUUGCCUUCGCCCAAAGAACCUUUAUGGCUGAUUGGAACUCGCCGAAACAUAGCACUCAAAUUCAGGCGUUGGUGCAGUAUCUGGCCUCGGAGAAGUUUGGACGCGAGACCAAAAUCAAGAUUCAAGACGAUUGGACCAGCCCCGACCCGUUUUACUAUGGAAUCGACCAAAGCACGGGAACCGAGGAUCAUGGUACAAGCCACUUAUCCAUCUUGGCAUCCAAUGGGGAUGCAGUCAGUGUUACCAGUACCGUUAACUGGGCCUUUGGCUGCGGGAUUUUGUCAGAAAGCACCGGAAUGAUCAUGAACAAUGAGAUGGACGAUUUCUCCAUCCCUGGAGUGGCCAAUGGGGCUGGAUUGGCCCCGUCCGAGGCCAACUUUAUUCAACCCGGCUCGAGGCCCGUCUCCUCCAUGGUUCCGACCAUUAUUUUGGAUUCAUCCAACAAUGUUCGACUGGUCAUUGGCGCUGCCGGGGGGCCAAAAAUUAUCACCGCCACCGCCUUUUCGAUUUUGCAAAACGAAUGGUUCGGGAGGAACAUCAAGGACGCCAUCAAUCAGCCACGCCUCCACCAUCAGUUGAUUCCCAUGAGAGUUGCGUUUGAACCGAAUCUUCACUCGAGUGUCGUUGACUAUCUCAAAACAAGUGGCCACGAAAUGUCGGAGGUAGGGCCUGAAAGUUACUUGGGCAAUGUGGUGGGUGUGGCUCGGAAUGAGGCCAUCCUUACCGUGUAUGCAGAUCAACGAAAGUCUGGUUCCAUAGCAGGAUAUUGACCCCCCCGGCUGCUGAACCAUUUCCGGGAAACUAGAUGCAUAUAUUGUGUAAUGUUGACGAAGACAGAAGCUCAUAAAGGCUCGGAAGAGGAAGAUCAAUUAAGAAAUAAAUUAUGUCAAAACUGAGACGCAAUAUACUUUAGCCACUUUUGACA